AUGGAUCGUCCACCAUCACCCACCCACCACGCAAUCCUGGUAGGGGUCAACUGGUAUGAAACUCAGCCAUUGAACGGGGCGGUCGAUGAUAUCUUGGAAAUCCAAGCUUUUUUUGCCGAGACAAUCCCAUCCGUCCAACUGCAUACAUUUACCGCAACGGCCAGCAAAGACCCCGAUUUCCCUGGCCCUAUCGAGGAGAAACAGCAAUGGCCGACCGCUUGGAAUGUUAUCGAGGCAUUGCGUGGAGUCACAGAAAAGUCCAAGCCCGGCGACUUCGUAUAUAUCCAUUUUUCCUGCCACGGCACGACGCUUGAAGACAAGGACGGUCCGAAUGGUCGUGUUCUGGGACUAGUUCUUCUCAACAGCCGCGGAGGGGAGACGUAUUUCCGGGGAAAGUUGCUGUCAACGUACAUAAAUGACAUGGUCGAACACGGCCUCAAAGUUACUCUCGUCCUUGAUUGUUGUUUCUCAGGAAAUGUUACCCGCGACGGGAUGAUUCGGUGCGUUGAAGCUGAUCCCGACAUCGCAAGAGCCAGCGGAUUUUAUGAUGAGCCCUCCCUGCCUGAACGGGCAUUUGCAGCGAGCAGCAUGCGCGAUGUGGACAUGAUGUAUGACUUCAAGAUCAGAAAUACAUCCCAUUAUGCUCUCCUGGUGGCCUCUGGUCCCGACCAAGAAGCCGCAGAGGUCAAACUGCCUGGGACUGAGAAAUACAACGGGCAGCUUUCACGCCUGCUUCUGGAUACACUAAAAACCCGUUCGGACCUGGAUCGCUAUAUCAACGAUAUUUAUUCACGGGUCUGCUUCGGAUUCGAACACAACCAAUUGAAACAGCAUCCUAUUCUCUACGGGAACGAGCUUCUGCCAUUUUUUGGAGGGUCUAUUACCCAUCGCCGCUCGAUGCCAUCACCAUAUCAUCCUGCUUACUUUGAGGUAAAGACAGAAGAAGGGGGAAAUAGACUACUCCUUCAGGCUGGAAAAGCCCAGGGUAUUAACGAUGGUGAUGAGUUUGAACUUUAUGCUUCCACUUCGACAACGGAAGAAGCUCGGCCAGAUUCCAUUAUAGCGCGUGUUGUAAAAGCGACAGCCUUCAAAUCGGUCUUGGGAACGGUCGACGCGACUUUGGAAAACUUACGGGGCUGGUCUUGGAAAGCAAUCAUCCGCUCCCAAGCUGCUCUUCGGAAGUUCCCUAUCAAACUCUCUUCCGGCGUCCCUGGCGGCGAUGCAUGGCUGCUCGAAUUGCGAAAGCGCUCUCUAGAUGCGUUUAUGAGUUCAGGGCAUACUGAAUCUCGUGCUUUCUUUGUGUCUGUGGACCUUGAAGAUGGCUUCUUUGUUUUUCGAGGCUCGGACGGGCAGAGAUUCCCAAAUAUUCCCAUUCUGGAUAGCUCGCAGCCCAACAUCCGCGAGAUGAGCGAUCUGCUAGAGCACCUUGUCCGAUUUAAUCAUGUCAAAGAGCUGAAAAAUACAGAAACACCCAAGACCUUUGAGAAUUUUUUUCAAGUUGAGGUGUUUGUCGACAUUGAAAGACCUGACAAUUCAACUGGCAUGGGAGGUGGUAAGAGGCAAGUUGACACGUCUCAAGUCAUCUCCAUCGGACACAAUAAGAAGGCAGAAAUCAUCAUUCGCAACGAGGCCCCGCACGACUUAUACGUCUCUGUCUACAACCUCUCACCACAGUGGGGAGUGAUAAAUGCGUUGAGCGAGACAUUCACCAAGAUUGCAACUAGGAAUGGUCCGGGAUACCCUAAAAUGAUACGAAAGAUGUUUAAAAUGAGGGUACCCGACGGUAUGCUGAAAAACGGAGACACUUCAUGUAAAGACAUUCUUAAAAUCUUUGUCACGUCUCAUCCCUCGUGGAUGUACAACCUUCAGCUCCCGAAGCUGGAUGCAUACCAUGGAUUCGGGGAGAGUCCUGGUCGGCCCUCGGAGCCAGUUAUAGUUGAAGAGAAUUGGACAGUCAUGAGCUUGGACUUUGAUACGGAGCUGCGAGGCGCUUCUAUUCUUGACGCUGACCCGGGUACCGUCAGUAUUGCCCGUGAUGUUGAAUCUUGA